UCUCCCGCAGCCAAGGCCGCCUCCGAGAUCGCAAACCCGGAAGACGUGCCCCGGCAGCUGGGAAGGUGCGGCGGCCGGGGACCGCCAUGCAGCCCCUGGAGGUAGGUCUGGUUCCCGCUCCGCCGAGGGAGCCGAGACUGACGCGUUGGCUGCGGAGAGGCUGUGGGAUCUUGGCACACCUGGUCGCUUUGGGCUUCACCAUCUUUCUGACUGUGCUGUCCCGGCCGGGAACCAGUUUUUUCUCCUGGCACCCUGUAUUCAUGGCCUUGGCGUUCUGCCUCUGCAUGGCUGAGGCCAUCCUACUCUUCUCGCCUGAGCACUCCCCAUUCUUCUUCUGCUCCCGAAAGGUCCGGAUCCGACUCCACUGGGCAGGGCAGACCCUAGCCAUCCUCUGUGCAGCCCUGGGCCUGGGCUUCAUCGUCUCCAGCAGGACCCGCAGUGAGCUGCCCCACCUGGUGUCCUGGCACAGCUGGGUAGGGGCUCUGACAUUGCUGGCCACUGGUGGCCAGGGACUGUGUGGGCUCUGCCUCCUCUGUCCCCGGGCAGCCAGGGUCUCAAGGGUGGCUCGCCUCAAGCUCUACCAUCUGACUUGUGGACUGGUGGUCUACCUGAUGGCUACGGUAACGGUACUCCUGGGCCUGCACUCUGUGUGGUUCCAGGCCCAGAUCAAAGAUGCAGCCUGGUACCUGUGCCUGGCGCUGCCCCUCUAUCCAGCCCUGGUAAUCAUGCAUCAGAUCUCCAGCUCCUACUUGCCAAGGAAGAAAAUGGAAAUGUGAGUUCCUCUGAACUCUGAAUCUAAAUGGGACACUUAACUCGGACUUCAGUGGUUCCUUGGGUGACCUUCAAGGAUCCAGUUCAGAAGUUGUAGGGUUUUUGUACUUCAUAGCUGGGCCAGGGGCUGCAGAAACCCCAACUGCUGUGGCUGACAGAUGACUCAGUGGGCAACAUUGGGGAACUGUACUGGGUACAAGUGGAAGGUGAUGAUGGGAAGCUUGAUCCUGAAGCCUCUGCUCUUGAUGGAAGACAGAAGCGUUGGGUGGUGGCGGUGGCGACGGAGUUGGCAGUCAUUUCUUUGCACGCCUGAUGAGAAGUUGGGUUUCUAGAACUGAAUGGCAGCCAUGGCUCUUUGGGUCACUUUGAGAAAGCAGUGUAGUGGGCAAAGCCCUUGGGUCUUAUUUAUGGACUAUGGUCCUUAGAGGCUCUAUUGUGCAACCUUAUGCAAGUCAUGUGUCUCAGGACCUCAGCUUCCUCAUCUGUGUAAUGAGUGGUUGUUUCUAAACAAUCUCUAACAUCUAGUGUCUGUUCAGUUGCUGUCACAGAGCACCCGCCCAGCACUGAACCCUGGACUGGACCACUCAACAGAGUCGGGAUCUAAGUCUUACACUCAUUAUUCCCUUACCCUCCCGGAUUUGCCCGCAUGGCCUUUCAGGAAUCUGUGUUGAUCUGGUCCCUGGAGUCAGGUGCUGUGAGGGAGGGGGCCCAAGAAGGUCUCUAGAAUUCCAAGACAUUAAAGGCACUGAAGUCACUUUAAAGCUUUUAGAGGAGCAGAAAGGCAUUGGCUUAACCAAGCCCAUGGGCUGGGCUUCUUAGCCCAGCUAAGAACUUUCUUCAGCUCAUCUCAGGAUCUGGGCUUGAGGGCCGCAGGGCAUCCGUUCCCAGCGGCAGAGUAUACUGAGCAUCUCAUGUUUUGCCCUUCUAAGGGCUCAGGUCUUAGCACAUAGCUUUGUGGAGCUAUUCUGAAGUGCUUAGAACAAAAUAAGAACCAAGAAAGCAGGGCAGGGCUCUUCUGAUCUAGAGAAGACAAAGUCUCCUUGAUCCCCUCUUCCCUUGGCAGCUAAGCUUUCCUCAGUGGUUGUCUCUUGCCAGCUCUUUGACCCAGGAGGGGGCUGAGUUUGGUGCCAGCUGGCACAUGAUGGCUGGGCUGUCUUCCCUGCAGAGACCCCUCGGUGUUCCAGACUGAAAGUAGUUCCCCAGACUGCCCUGGGCGGUGAGGGCUGGAUGCCAGACUGGCUAACCCUGGCCUGGCUCAGUCGGGGAGUCGGGAGCUCCGUAGAUGGUGGUGAGGACGGAAAUGGCCCAGUCAGGAAAGCUGGUGUUGGGGCAGGUAGAGGAGCUCGCUGGGAACUCUGGGAGGCCUGGAGUGAGGGCCUGGGAGCCGGGGGAGGCAUUCCUGGAUGGCAGUAUUUUGGAUAUGACAGGUCUGUAGAAGAUUCAAGACGUCCCCUAUGGGUGGCUCAGAGGCAAGGAGGUUGCUCUGCGUGGACAGCACAGGAGCGGGAACUGCGGGGGCAGAAGGGCCCUCUGAGCGGUCCUCCCUAGGCUCCUCCUGGGUCAGACGGCAUCUCCCAGGAGGGCUCCAGGCCCUGAGCAUCUAAGGGGCGCCUGCUAUGCAGAGGGUGGUGGUUCCUGUCUCUUUCAUUGUCUUCUCCAAGCCCCCAGUGUGGUGUGAACCGGGAGCUGCUUACUGGGGCCGCACGGAGGAGAGUCUCCCAUAGGGCCGCUUUGGUCAGGGGUCCAUCUCCCCUGGCCCGGUCACAGCCCAGGCCGUGCCAGGGGUCUCACUCUGCCCACAGCAGGGUGAGGAGGCCGGGCGAGGUUCACCAGCUUGCUCUGGGAGCCAAGCGGGCGACUCCGGAAAGCCCGAGCCGCCUGAAAGCCCGAGCCGCCUGAGGUGGUGCCUCCUCCCAGGUGGUGCGGGGGCGGCGGGCGGGCUGACAGCCGGCAGUUUGCGUGGGCGGUGCCAGCUGAUGUCUAUUCCCAGCCCCGGGAGGAAGGGGGAAGCCGUUUAUAUUCCGAAGGAGGAAGGGGCCCCAGCUGUCACCUCUCUGACUGGGAGGCCUGGGGGCGGCAGGGGCACAGGGCAGAGGGGAGGGCACAGGUGGUCUCCUCUCGCUUAGCCAGUCUGACUGCAGUACCAGGAGACGGUCACCAGGAGGAGCCCUUCUCCCCGGCUGGCCGGACCCCCCCCCCCCCCCACCCCCCGCCCUCCGCUUCUCCCUCCCCUCAUCACCACCUGCCCUCACAUCCUGGGAGAGCAGCUGGACAAUCCUUAGACCUUCGUGCCCAGGCACCCUGCCUCCAGCUGGGAGCUUUGUGGCUGCUGACUGCCUGUGCCUCCUCUCGCUCAUGUGUUUCCUCCCCCCCCACCCUCUAUCUCCCUAUCCCUACGCCCCACCCCUCCCCCAGCCCCCCAUCUGGGACCUUAGCUGGGCUCCUUAGCAGAGAGGCACAGGCCUUGGGGAAGACGCAAAUGGCUGCCCUUUUGCCCUUGUGCCCUAGCUAGAAAAGCUGCUAGUUGUCAGCGUGGUUUGUCUUUUUCAAAAAAAAAAGCUGGGGUGCUCAAGUUUUUAAAAAUUCCAUGUCUUUUGCACACAUUUGCAUUUCAAGCUAAGUCCUGAUUCCAAAUAUGAUUACGUUCAAACUCAACCUUGAGGACAUUAGAAAUAUAGAUGUUUUUUGUAUCCGGAUCCACAUGGUAAUUGGAUUCCCAUUCUGGGUUCAGAUACCACGCCCGAACCCCCAUCUUUCCCAUAGCCACCCCUUCCCUUGGCCCCCCGGCUGGGGGGUGGUGUUGAAUGGCAGGAGCUCUGUGUCUGGGGAAGUCUGCCCGGCUCACCUUCUUGGCUCUUCAGCCCCAUCAGAGGUAGGCUGCUGUCUCUGGCCAGCUGGUGCCUCACCCCCCCCCCACCUCCCCCACAGAGCAGUCUACCCCUCCCCACUCCCUGACACUGGCCCAUCCUGUCCCUUCUUUCUCAUUGUCCCCACCCUUCCACCCCCAUGCAUGGCUGCUGUGGGUCUUGUUUUUAAAGCCUCACUGUGGGAGAGCCAGGCAUUCUUCCUGAGCCAGCUGGCUGCUAUGCCAAGGCCUGUUCAGAGUUAAUAAUAAUGAUUAGCUGAACAGGGCUGGGGCCUUUUCAGCUCCAGAUCUCUGAAGCACUCGCAGGCUGAGUCAGCCAGCCCUCACCUUCCCCCUCUGCCUGGGCUGCACGGUCUCACCUCCCAGCCAAGCCAUGAAGCUUCCUUCCUCUGAGAGUCCUCUGAAUAGACUAAUAGGGCCUUUUCACCUGACAGAGGUCAAGAUGUAGGGCACACAGCGUAAGCUCUGCAGACGCGGGUGGUGGCAGUGGUGGCUGUUGACUUUGAACUUCUAGAACUCCUGCCCUUCCUUGUGUUGACCUGUCUUGGCCUCCAAAGGACACCCUUGGUCCUGACUUGCUCCAUCUGCAGGUUUAGGGAGCGGGUAGGCAUCUGGUUUAGUGCUUUGGCUGCCCCGUGUCUGGCUGGCAUAAAGAGCCUGUGUACUGUGAGGUGAAAUGUGCAUUGACCUGGGGGCUCAGAAGCCUGCAGUCCGGGUUUACUCAGCCCCUAAUGGCUGGCAUGGCCACAGGCAAAUCACUGAUUGCCAGACUUACCUCGCAGGGGUGUUGUGAGCGCUAGAAGACAGAAUGCAUGUUAACAGGCAUUAGAAAGUUCAAAGCAUUAAACAAAUGUGAACAGG